GAAUAUAUAAGGUUAAUAUUAUAAAUAAACAUCACUUUACGUAAAAAUUGACAUUAAAAUGGCCAACACUAUUGAUAAAUAUAGAAAAGGUGAAACACAAUUAAUGAUAGCCAUUAUAAGUAAAAAACGAGAACAGGCAGAAAGAUUAAUUAAAAGAGGGGUUGAUGUUAAUGCUGUUGAUUACAAUGGAAAAAACGCGUUGAUGUAUGCCAUUGAACACGGGACAACAGAAAUUGCUCUUAUUUUAAUAGAUUAUGGAAUCGACGUAAAAGCUAGGGACAAUAAAUGGAAAAAUGCGUUAAAGUAUGCAUUAGAUUAUGAAAAUAUAGAAGUUGUAAACAAGAUAAUUAACGCACAUGAUCUAGAUAAAAAUGAUAUAAAUAUUAAUGGGAGGGCUACACUUUUGCUCGCCUGUAAAAGGGGGUAUUUAGCUGUUCUAAGAGAUGUAAUAAAUAAGGGAGUAGAUAUUAAUGCGGUUGAUACAGACGGAACAAAUGGGUUGUUGCUCGCUGCAAGAGGAAGGCACAAACAUAUUGUGGAAUGUUUAAUCAAUAGUGGAAUUGAUAUCAAUGUUGUUAAUUGUGAUCAAAUGAAUGCGUUGAUGAUUGCUGCGAAUAAUGGAGACGAACAAAGUGUAGAACUUUUAAUCAAUGGACGUAUCAACAUUAGGGCAAUUGAUAAAUAUGGAUGGAAUGCUUUAAUGUACGCAUCGAAAGUUGGAAAUAGGAAAAUACUUGAAUUACUAAUUAAAAACAAGUGUGAUCUUCAAGUUGUAAAUACAGAAGGAGACAAUGCCUUAGCCAUAGCUUUAAAACACAGUCAUAGGGAUUGUGUCGAACUACUUAACAGGCCUACAGUUUCGGCAAAUCGAAACCCGUUUACCGUGCAUCCUAGUGCGAAAGACGUCAUUGAUAGGCAAGUUUCAGAUCUUUAUUCUUCAAUAAACUUUGACAAGCAGGCACAGAAGAAAAGGCUUGAAGAGACUUGCAAACAGUUUGAGAAUUUUGAAACGUUGACCAGCGCCAUAAGGGAAAUACCCUCACACAAUUUAGACUUUCGCCUGGUAUCAACGCCUGGGGAAAUUCUCAAUCUAAAAUGUAAAAUUUGCUGUGAAGAAGAGGCUGAUACGACAUUUUUGCCGUGCGGGCAUCUUUGCUGCUGCAGUACCUGUGGUUUUGAUAUUGAUAAUUGCCCGGAGUGUACAAGAAAUAUUGAACAAAAAAGAAUUAAUUAUACAAAAACAGAAAGUAUUAUUAGCCAGGAAACUAAUGAUGUUCAAGAAAAUGCUGGUGACUCACACACAAAAAUAUUAAAUAUUAACCCUGGAUCACUGCUAUCAAAUUCUCAAGAAAGUGAAGAUCUUAACAAUACUUACGACUUCAACACAAAUAUGUUUAGCAUCAAUCCAGGAUCGCCAUUGUCAAAUUCUCAAGAAAGUAACGACCUUAAUGAUACUGAAGAUUUAUGUACAAAUGUAUUCAAUAUCAAACAAGGAUCAUUACUUUCAAAUUUUCAAGAAAGUACAAGUUACCAAAAAAAACCAAUUCGUGGUUUAAAACUCCAAGAUCAACAUUUCACUUUACUUCGGAUGAAAUACGAGGAUAUUGUAGAUGAAAUUGAUGGACAGAAUUUAACUGAUUAUCUUUUUUCAAAAAAUAUUAUAGAUCAUGAUGAUAAAUUGUAUAUUGAAGGAAUUAAAUCACGUCGCGAGAGAAGCCGAGCUCUGUUGGAUAAAAUACUUUUUGCCGGGCCUAAACGAGCGUUUCUAGAAUUUAUAAAUGCAUUGAUGAAGAACAACUAUACAGAAUUAGCCAAUACGCUUGCGAUGUAUUUAUGAUAAAAUAUUAUAUAAGUGCACAUUGUUAAAACGUAUUAAAUUGAUAAAUGUCAAAUGAUAUUUGGCUUAAAUUCGUAGAAAAAAAAGAAAUAAUUGGCUACAUUGUAAUAGCAGAAUAGCGAAUAAAACUAAUUAAUUUAAUUUUUUAUGCUAAGGGAGAUAAAUUUAAAAAAGAAAUUCAACUCACUCUAAAUAUAGCUGUUUAAGUCUGUAUUUAUGA